GGCGUGAACAACAUAGCUUCCUUUUGUUGGGGUUUAAAGAAAUGAAACAACACUUCAGUUUAGACAGAUGCAACUUUACACAUCAACUGUGAUGAUCUUCCAAUAAUAUUCUCUACCUAGCAAACAUGGCCUCUAUAGCUAGUUUGUCUUUAUACUUCACACUUAAUCUUAUCUUUCUUCUGCUUCCUGUUACCCCCUCACUGGCCUUUUCACUGAAAAACUGCACAAUACUUUAUCAGAAGAAUACCUCUGCUGAUGUUUCUUUGGACUGUUCAAACAUGACGUUUGUGACCAUCCCUGAUUACAUCCCUAAAAAUACCGUGUCAAUACAACUUGGAGACAAUUUGCUCUUAAAUAUUAUCAGAAAAGACUUUCAUGACAUGUCAAAUCUUAAGAAUCUAAAUUUUACAGUGAAUCAAAUUGCUUAUGUCGAACAAGGGUCAUUUAUCAAUUUGCCUUUACUGGAGACACUUUAUAUGGGAAGAAACAAGCUUACCAACCUGACAAACAACAUGUUUAAAGGCCUGUCAAACCUCACAGUAUUGGUCCUCAGUUACAACAACAUUCAGUAUAUUCAUAAAUCUGCCUUCCGGAGUCUGACUAACUUACAAACUCUUGAAAUUGCUGGCAUCAAACUUAAGCAAGUUGCAGAAAUUCUACCAAUCUUACAGCUGCCACAGUUACUUAGGCUUAGCUUAAAGCACAAUAGAUUUACCACAUUUGAAACUAAAGACCUCCCAUUGAAUCUUUCCAUGAGUCUUAAAGAGUUGGAAAUUUCUGGUCCUGACCUGAAAAUGUUAAGCAUCACAACACCAGUUUUCCCUCACCUCCAGUCAAUAGACUUGUCGUAUGUAGAUAAAAGACUAAAUUGUAACUUUUCUGACAAAAGUUUACAAAAGAGCGUAACACAGUUGCAUAUUAACAGCCUAGCGUUUUCCUUUGAAGGACUCCAAAAAGUUCUGAAGAGUUUCGGAAGACUGAGACAUCUGAGUUUUGAAUCUGCGGAUGAUUGGAUUACAAUGGGACUAUUAUCCGUAGUCUGCAAAACACCAACACUCAGGGAGCUUAUUAUUUCUCAGAGUCAUUUUGCCAAUUUUACUAUUGAACUUGCAUCAUGCGUCCAGCUCAGAGAGCUUAACCUGGAAGACAAUGUCAUGUCUGAGCUGUCAAAAGGUUCAAUGCAAUCGAUGAAGCAACUGCGAGUCCUCAAUUUGGGUUAUAACCUGUUCACUGAGUUUCCACAUGACAUAAGAAACCUGUCCUCCCUUGAGAUCCUGAAAAUGCAUUAUAAUGAUAUCUCUGGGUUGAGCUGUGAUGAUUUCUCGAACACCACACAUCUGAAAGAGCUUUAUCUGAACAUGAACCGCAUAACCCAACUGCAAAGGUGUAUAACCGAAAAAAUUGUCAGUCUAAAAGUUUUAGAUGUGAGUGGCAAUCUGCUAAAGGUAUUUGGAGACACCUUCAAAAUUUCACUGCAGAAGCUUGAGUCGUUAGACAUCAGUCACAACCCCAUAAAAUAUCUGGACACAGAUGUCUUUCAACAUUUAAAAUCCCUGAAAGAGCUAAAGGUGGAAACCUAUCUUUUUGUAGAUGUACCUUAUUUCAGUGGUUUAGAGGACCUUGAAAAUCUUACAAUCUACUUCCAUACAGAAAGGACUUUCAAAAAUCUUCAAUCAAACGAUGAUAAAGCCUUUAGCAAUAUCAAGACCAUGAAGCAUCUAACACUGAUCGGAAGCAGCGAUAAUGACUGGAUCCCCUUUUACACAAUUAAGGAAAUGCUCAGAGCUUCUGGAAAUGUGGUGGCUUUUACAAUUCAGAAUAUCUAUAUUAAUUACUAUGAUGUGGACACAUUUGAGCUAAACCCCCAGCUGAAAAGUCUUACUUUAUCAUUGACAGAUUUAUCAGAUUUAAAUUCUGAGUUAUUUCUAUCCUUCCCAAACCUGCAGAAUUUGGAUCUUUCAAAGUCUAAACUCAGGUCUUUGGAUUUUCUGGUUCAGGCAAAUCUUUCUGCACUCAGAUACCUGAAACUAACUGACAAUGAGAUCAGUGUGAUUAGUGAGACGGUCUUCCAGUUUCUACCCUCUCUGAGAUUCUUGGAUCUGGACAACAACCUGUUCUCAUGUGAGUGCUCAAACGCAGGCUUCAUCCAUUGGAUAGUGACCAACUCGCAAACCCAGGUGGUAAAGGCUUAUCAGUAUAAAUGCUUCUUUCCUGUGUCCAAACGAGGAAACUUGUUACUAGACUUUGAUAUCCAGUCUUGUAGGGACAAUGGCAGCUUUCUCUGUUUCAUUUCGAGCACCUGUCUGGUUGUUCUGACUCUCCUUAUAUCCUUCAUCUAUAACUUCCUGAGGUUGCACCUCUCCUACACAUUCCACCUCUUUCUGGCCUUUCUCUAUGACAGCAGGAAGAGGAAGAAAGGACACCCUCAUUGGUUUGAUGCCUUUGUGUCCUACAACGCCAAAGAUGAGGACUGGGUUUACAGAGAGAUGCUUCCAGUGUUGGAGGGAGAGCAGGGGUGGAGACUCUGUCUGCACCACAGAGACUUCCAACCAGGUAAAUCCAUCAUAGAGAACAUCACUGAUGCCAUUUAUGGCAGCAGGAAGACCAUCUGUGUGAUCAGCCGCAGCUACCUGCAGAGUGAAUGGUGUUCUAGGGAGAUCCAGAUGGCCAGCUUUCGUCUGUUUGAUGAGCAGAAAGAUAUGCUAAUUCUGCUGUUUUUGGAGGAGAUCCCUCCCCAUCAUCUGUCUCCGUAUUACCGCAUGAGGAAGCUGGUGAAGAAGCGCACCUACCUGAGCUGGCCUCAGGCUGUACAACACCCAGGAGUCUUCUGGCAGAACGUCCAGAGAGCUCUGCAGACAGGGGAUGCCCUCACUGAGAUCACAGACCCGCUGACCGGGCUAACAGGAUGUUAAGAGAUGUACAAAAGUUGUCAAAUUAGUUAAACAUUGAGAAUUUAAAAAAUAAACAAAUUAAGCAAUCACACUUACUGUUUUAUAUUUUGAAAAACGUUUUUGGCUUAAACCAAGUCCAUGACUUGGGCAUGUUUAACUUCAACUCAUCAUAACAAUAGAAAGGCAGAGACUGGAAAUUGGCUUAUAAUCACGUUAACCUGCCCCUGUUACUUGUUGUUACAACAAAUAAAAAUCAGAAAAGAGUACUCAUUAAUGCAUGUGUGGACAGGGAGAUUGUUAGUAGUAGUAGGUACAUUGUAGGUACAUUUCACUUGGUCUUACUUCCUGUCACCCACUCUGAUUUAUGUUUAUUGAAUCCUUGUUUUUCCUUUUUGAGGGUGGAUCAGGUGUGUGGUGUACGAUCAUUAGCACCAUCUUUAGUUAUUAAAAUUGACAUUUUACUUCACAGAUGUCACACUGUGACUGCUGAGGUAAUGGUGGGUUAGUUUGUUUAUAUUGGUCAAACAUUACCCUGCAUGGUGUUAUUAAAUAAAAUAAAUGUUUUUUUGUUUAACUGGUUCCAUCUUUAAGUGCUUUUAGGGUGUUUCUAUUUAUUGUGUUGUGCUAAUGUGUUGCUCCUUACAGUAAUGGAAUGCAUUGUUUACAUAACGGUUUACUUAAAGCUUAUAUUUCCAAUUUCAUGUCUUCACAUUAAUUAUUUUCAUAUUCAGUUUUGGCUUGUAAGCAAUAUUACUUUGUAGUAGUUACAUUUGUGGUGUUUUUUGUGUUUUGUGCCAUUGAGAUUGUUUUAUUAUGUUUAUUUUUAUAUUUAGCUGUUUUUCAUGAAUUUCCUAAUAGAAAACAUAAAAGCCAUAAAAGUC